UAGGCAUGUAAAUAAGUUAAUAAGGGACGGAAGGAGUAACAAAGACCCAAAGUCUAUAUAUACUUAUGUAAAUUUUUAAACUUAAUGAGCAAAAUAACCUGGGUGUACCGUACACCCAGUGUAAAAAACGGUAUACCCAAAUGUACAAAACAUACUUUCAUAUUCAGAUUGACAUCAUAUAUAAAACCAUAUAAAACCAAAAAAGAAUGCACAAAACCAGGUAGACCGUAGACCACUCCAUAACAAAUAAAAAUCCAUCUUAAGGCCGCUCAUCUCGCUAUUUCCUUCCUUCUUUCUAUUCUUCUUCACUCCACUCUUUCUCCCUCCACCUUCCGCAAUUGCCGCACUCAAAUAAUUCCACUAAAAAAAAAAACCCAUUUUUUUUUAACAAAAAUAAAAUAAAACAAAAUACUGGAAAUCCAAAUCCAAAUCCAAAUCCCAAAAUUCAAUAAUAAUUUUACUACUAGUCCAAAUAUAAUCAACCACGCCACAUCACCCAAAUCACUAUCAUUGCAUUCACCAUAUAUUCUAACAUUAUAAUCAUAAUUGUGUGUAUAUAUAAAUAAUUCUCUCAAACACACUCACAUUCCCUAAAUUUCCACAUUCAUUUUACUAAAUUCACCUAAAAAUAUAAUCUUUUUUAAUUUUCAGCGAUCUGGGUCUUCUUCAAUGAUCCCAAGAAAACUUGGGUCAUCAUAAAUUUUCAAUUUUGUUUUUUAUAAUUUUUUAAUUAGAAAAAUUAUUUUUUUAAAAAAAAAUUGGAAUUUUUUGAUGGGUUGUGUGAGUUCAAAAGGAGGAGUGUCAGUGACACCGGCGGCAGAUUACUCCGGCGUGUUCAGAGACAAUGUAGUGGUUGUCGGGGGUUCUGGUCGGAGCAGGGUGGGACCCACUGAGUCAGAAGGGAAGAAGAGGUUUAACCCAAGUGAUUCAGGGCGAGUCAGCUCAACUUGUGGGAGUGAAUCAGUGAGUUUUAGGUUAGGGAAUUUGCAGAAAUAUGUUGAAGGUGAACAGGUUGCUGCUGGUUGGCCUGCUUGGUUGAGUGCUGUUGCUGGUGAGGCUAUUCAUGGUUGGUUGCCUCUCAGAGUUGAUGCUUUUGAGAAAUUAGAAAAGAUUGGCCAAGGUACAUACAGCAGUGUUUUUCGAGCACGUGACAUUGAAACUGGGAAGAUAGUUGCUAUGAAGAAAGUUCGGUUUGACAACUUUGAGCCCGAGAGUGUUAGGUUUAUGGCGCGAGAGAUAUUGAUUCUUCGGAGGCUUGAUCAUCCUAAUAUUAUAAAGUUGGAAGGAAUUGUCACCUCCAAAUUAUCAUGUAGCAUAUACCUUGUUUUUGAGUACAUGGAACAUGAUCUUGCUGGACUAGUGUCUUGUCCUGAUAUAAAGUUUACGGAGGCACAGGUCAAGUGCUAUAUGAAGCAACUGUUAUCAGGAAUUGAGCACUGCCAUUCGCGAGGUAUAAUGCAUCGGGAUAUUAAAGGGUCAAAUCUUCUGGUAAAUAAUGAAGGGAUUUUGAAGGUGGCUGAUUUUGGUUUGGCGAACUUCUGCAGUACAAAACGGCAACCACUCACUAGCCGUGUUGUAACCUUGUGGUACCGGCCUCCUGAGCUUCUACUAGGGGCAACAGAUUAUGGACCGUCUGUUGAUCUCUGGAGUGUUGGUUGUGUAUUUGCUGAAGUUCUUCUAGGAAAACCUCUCCUUCAAGGGAGAACUGAGGUUGAACAAUUGCAUAAAAUCUUCAAGCUAUGCGGAUCCCCACCUGAUGAGUACUGGAAGAAGUCUAAACUUCCUCAUGCCACGCUUUUUAAGCCACAACAGCGUUACGAGAGCUCUCUUAUGGUAACUUGUAAAGAUAUGCCCGAACCUGCUGUGAGCCUUAUUGAAACUUUACUCUCUGUGGAACCAUACAACCGUGGAAGUGCUUCUUCUGCUCUAUGCUCUGAGUAUUUCAGCAGUAAACCCUAUGCAUGCGACCCAUCAACAUUGCCAAAAUACCCACCUAAUAAAGAAAUUGAUGCAAAAGGUCGUGAUGACGCUAGAAGGAAGAGAGUGAGUGGAAGAGGCCGAGGGAGUGAAACAGGAAGAAAGACAACAAAGAAACCGAAUGGCAUACGUAAACUUGCCCCAGCUGAGGACUUGCCUUUGCCAUCUCAAGUUCCAGAUCCACAGCGAGUUAAAAUCAACGGAAGUUUAGCUCUCUUUCAGCCAGAAGAAGACAUAAAAGGGAGGGAACCACCAAAGCCAUCAGUUGAUAGGCGAGAAGAGCCUUCCCAUUUAAAGAAUGCUUCUCAAGGAGAUGUGCCAUAUUCAGGCCCACUGCAAGUUUCAGCUUCAAGUGGCUUUGCAUGGGCUAAAAGCAGAAGAGAUGAUACAUUUGUUAGAUCACACAGACGGUCUAGUUCAAAGCUUAGCUUUAAUGGUUUAGAGACAUAUUUAGCAUCAAAUGAUAGAAAUAAUUCUGAAUUAAAGAAGCAUGUUAACAAUGGGGAUAUUUCUCUAGAAGCUCGUGCCUUUUCUAGAGGGCAAGAUUAUUAUGAGGCACUGAAGCAUACAGUAAGGAGACAGUGGAGCAACUUUGAUCGUCCUGACUCUUUUGAUACCUCGGAUGAGUACCAUUCGCAGGAAUUAUCUUUAGCACUAUAUCAGAAGGAGAUUGGAGCAAAGAGAAACCACAUGGAUCAAGAAGACAAAGUUGAAUUUUCAGGACCAUUGUUAACUCAAUCAUACCGAGUUGAUGAACUUUUAGAGAGACAUGAGCGUCAGAUUCGUCAAGCAGUUAGAAGAUCGUGGUUUCAAAGAGGGAAAAAACAAGGAAAAUGAGUGGAAGAAUCGUCAAGAACGCUGUUUUGCUCUAUAUUUGGCUCAGUUCUGACAAUUUGACAUAUACCAUUCAAUAAAGCGAAAAUCCAAUCUUGACAUUUACCACAUGAGUGAUCAACCACUCAAAAUUCAAUCUCCGCGUUUCCUGUGCUUACCAAAGAGGUAGUAGAAGCCGUAGCAAAAGAGACUGAACCAAAAUGCUCAUAGAAAAUCUGUUCAAGUUUUCGGUGCAACCAAGCUGAAGCCUGAAGUUGGUGGUUAGUUCACUUCCUUGCAGGAUUAUUGUCACCCCUUAGUGUACAUACUAAUAGGGAUUAUAUCUUAAGAAAUUAUUAAUAUCUUGUAAAUGAUAAUGACUCAUAAUAUUUGUAGCCUUGUGCUUCCUUUUUGUCUAAAUAUUCCUAAGGAAAAUAAUAAUUCUUUUAACAACUUUAUUUUUUUUUUCUUCCAUUUUCUUUGUUUUUGUAAAAAAAAGAAAAAAGGAAAAACUGCCUUAAAAUAGCUGUAAUAGGGUCAAACUUGUCUUACUUUGCCCCUACAAAAGAAAAAGCAGAAAGUUAAAAAUAAAAGAAAAGGUAAAGAUUAUAAUUAAAGAGAGAAAAAAGGAAAAUUUGAUGAUUGCCGUUGAGUAACGAUGUUAUAUAGUAGAAGUGGUUGGUUGGUUUCAUAUGCAAAAUGUUGGCAUUAGAUAUCAUUUUGGGCCGUUUGAUAUCAACUGUUGUCUUGUGUAACACCCAUCAUUAUGCUUUGGUAGGUUUAGAUUGUUGAGUGGUGGUCCUUGCCUACUCAUUUUAUAAAAUUUUCCAAGUUUUGUUGUCCUUCCUUGUCGUACGCUCUCCGUUGUCUAAAUCUGACAAAAUUGAGAGAGUGAGGGAUAGCUCAAGUGGUUAGAGCUUCCUUUCCGAUUCUAGGAUCCUGGGAUCAAUUCUCACCCUGCCCUGUAGCUCUCUAAACACCAA